UCCACAUGAAGAUUUGUCAUUUUGUGGUAGAGAUCUGGCUUUAGUGAGCUGUUCGGAGCAGCAGAAGAAAGUGACCACUGAGAGAAAGCUUAGCAAAGUGAAGAGUGAAGUAACGGUGGUAGAAGUAAGGGGAACAGGCCCUAUAUAACUUCAUACAAAAAGAAAAGAAAAGAAAAGAAAAACGGAAAGGUGAAAGUUUACACUGCACUGCAACAAUUCAGGUGUGUGUACUUGGUUCUGCUAAGAGAUGACCAUGCGUACAACAUUGCUAGGCUUCUAUCUGUUGCUCCUGCUCCUUCUGCCCUACACGUCUCUCGGUCAAAGACAGAGCUACAAUGCAGUAACAGAUGAGAAUGAGGAGGAGCGCAGUAAGAUGUUUGUUGAUGUCCUGAGUCGCUUUGGAAUCGAAAGUGCCCAAUUCUCUCCAAAACAGCGCCUUGAACCACGGGGAGUGCGUACCAUGCGUCCAGUAUCAUCGAACCCUAAACGAGCAAUGCAAGGUUCGCGUUUUGCACUCUCUCUUGAUGUACCCACCACCAUUUUGAGUGUCCUGAUAGACAUGGCCAAAGAGCAUGACAUGCGGGCCAAGGCUGCAGCCAAUGCCGAGCUCAUGGCACGCAUUGGUAAAAGGAAAUAGAAACAAAUAGCUGUUGUGGAAUUCACUCACAGACUAGCAGCAAAGCAAGAGAUGAAGUGAAGUAGCCAGGUGACAUAUUAUAUACCCAACUCUACUGAACCUGGGCAACUCUGUGGAACCUUAAAUGAAAAAAAAAAAAGAAACUCUAGAAGUGUGUUUGUCUAAUCAGCCACGUCCGAACAGUGUGUUUGUCUGAAUAGUAUAACAGCCAAAGAGAGGACACCAGCAGAAUAAAAAUGAAGGCAUGCUAUUUAGAUCUCUUCAUUUGUUAUGUGUAUACUUGU